AUGGCCGAAAGAAGGAUGAGGUUCAAUGGACGACAUGAUUCCUUCUCUAGUGAGGAUGAGCUGCCGCUUAAGUAUUGUUUGGGUAAUAGAUCCAAUGGAAGUAACUCCUACGCGAGCCUUUGCCGUCGUGAGGUAGUUGGCUGCGAGUUCUGUGACCAGAUCUCCAAAAGCAGAUAUCAGAGCCUGAUACAUAACGCCGCGCACAUUAUCAUACCCCUGCUCAACCUGAAGGUAGUCUUCUGCGAGGAGUGCCGCGCCUGCUUCACGUCCACCACCGACCUGCAGCGGCACAGCCUCCGCGCCCAUCCGCCCCUCAGCCGCGCCGCGGAGCUGGAGAGGGAGACCAGGCCCAGGGUGCGGCUGAAGAGCAGACUCCACUUUGAGGAGGAGCCCAUCAAGCCGGAGCUGAUAGACCUCACCGACGACUGCACCCUCUCAUUGGAACCCGUCGAAGAGCUCGCCCCUUCGCUCAAGAGUGGCAGCGGCCUGGGCUCAGCGCACAACAAUAGGAUUGGGGUUGGUCCAAGAGGCUGGGGAUUCAAGGGGGAGCCACUCUACGUGAGCGUCCAUUACGACGAGCUGAGGAGGCCCUCGCAGGUCCACUGCAGGCAUUGUAAGCAGAAAUUUAAAGAUAGGUUCGACCUGUGCGUGCACCAGGCGUCCCACCUGGUGGUGCUCCGGCGGCCGGCGCCCCGCUGCUCGAAACGGAUGAGCCUCGCGCGCCCCCCCACGCCCCCCGGGCUGCCGCUCAGCUCGGAGCGGCUGCUGAGGCUCUGCGACCUGUGCUGCGGCUUCCUCAGGUCGCACACGCGCCGGCGCUACGUGCGCGUGGGCGCGGUGAGCCGGCCCGGCGAGCGCGCGCCGUGCGCGGACUGCGCGCGCCAGUUCUUCGAGCUGAACCUGGUCGCGCGGCGGCAGACGGUCAGCGCGUACGGCGCGAGAGGGCGCCGGCGGCGGCUCACCAACGACCAGCGGCUGAGGAACAUACGCCACAGGCUCAAGGCCGCCAAUAAACUGAGC